AUGACCACCUACGGACUUCCGUACUUCCUCGAAGACAAGACUGGAAGACUAACCGGAUCGGAUUUUGUGGACAUCCAUGAUCGCUUACGACUCACUUACCGACGCUCUACCGAAAGAAAUUCAUCGCAUACCGCCUAUAUGAUCUAUAACACUAGCGCUCAUGUCUCUCAUCCGCAACCUCUUAUGGCUUUGGAUUUUGGACCAGGGAACUCUCUAGGAACUGUGUCAUUUUCAUCGAAAUUAUGCGUAUCAAUGAAGAAGUACCUCGCGAAAGUGCCGUGUAAAGGAAGGUACGCCCGCUUAACGUACAAAUUCCUUGCUUCCGAUUCGCAAGAGUACUUCUGGAGUUGGCGAUCGCAGGCAAAUCAAGAGUGGACCUGCACGAAUACGAGUGGAUAUCUCACGGCGUAUUAUAGUCUGAAGACCCCAGGAGAACCUCAGUACGAAGGAUCUUCGGGAUGCUCCUUAACAGUCGAUGAAUCAUUCGGACAUUUGGCCUCGGAAAUAUUGGCGUCCUUGAUGAUAUUGCGGCAUAUAUCCGAAUACAACCUGUGA